UAGGCGUGUAGCCAUUACUGAAGUUGUUCGGGUGUUUAACUGUGGUGUUCCGCUCCUUCUACAUAUAUAGCUAAUUUAAAUGUAUUUUAUUAAUGUUACUCCCUUGACAAGACUUACCUAGUAGUCGCUAGUACAGAAGCAACAUUAUUUGCUAGCCGGGCUGUAACGUUAACGUUAAUGACAGGUUACGUAACGUUAACUUAAAAGUAAUAAUAACGUUAUCUUUAAAUGCGGAGACAGAAAUCUUUUCAACAGUGAUUGUUUAUGUGUAACACAAGUGAAGAUCGACGCUGUAGUUUGCCUUCAUCAGCAUGUCUUACUUAGAGCGGGCUGAGUCUCAGCUCGCAGAGGUGGAGCUGCUCACCAGCAUGUUUCCCACACAGGAGGAGCUGGAGAUCACAGAUCAGCUGGCACUUGCUGAGCUCAGGGACUAUGUGGAGGGCUCAGAUUCAACAGACAGCCCACCUCUUUCCAGACCUCAGUUUCUCAUCAAACAGAAACUGGACACUGGGAGCACAGAGAGGACGGACGUCAUUCUAUCAUGUGCUUAUCCACCCGAAUAUCCCAGUGUGUUACCAGAGAUAACAAUCAGGUGUGCUAGUCUCAGCAGGACCCAGCAGACGCAGCUCCACACGGAUCUCAACGCAUACCUCUCGGAAAACAGCCAGGGGGAAGUGUGUGUGCUCUCUGCUGUGGACUGGGUGAAAGACAACCUGCAGUUCUUCAUUAAUAAGAGCUUAUCAGCAGCACUGGCUCCUAAGAAAGACUCUGCAUCUCCAUGGCUACAGGAAGUGUUUAGCCGACUGUGGAUUUACAGUCAUCACAUCUACAACAAGACAAAGAGGAAGAACAUCCUGGAGUGGUCCAAAGAGCUGGGCCUGUCGGGAUUUAGCAUGCCUGGGAAGCCUGGUAUUGUCUGUGUGGAAGGUCCUCAGUCUGCCUGCGAGGACUUCUGGUCCAGAGUGAAGGUUCUGACAUGGAAGAAGAUCAUGAUUCGACACAGAGAGGAUAUUCCCCUCGAUCGUCAGGGCAAGGACAGCCGGACUGUUGAGUGUAUAGACUCCCUGCGCAAAUUCACAGGCUUUGAAGAGGCAAUGUUUGACCCCCAUGGGAACAGAGGUAAUCACAUGGACCUUGGGCAGCUCUACCAGUUCUUAAAUGAGAAAGGCUGUUGUGACAUCUUUCAGAUAUAUUUUGGCAUUGAAGGGAGGUAGUGGUCACACCUAAAGGAUAAUUAUACAUAGGUAUUUGACUGGUUCCUUGUUGCUGAAGUGAUUUCUCCUGAAAAUAAGUGUUAACCUUAAAAUGGAAAUGUAUUCAUUAGUGCACAUAAAUGGAUAGUGAGCAUGUGCCUGAUAAUCUGAGAUAAAUAAAUCACCUUUUUGUGAAUGUUGCUCAGCCGUUACACCUGGGACCUCAUUGGGAUAGAAGGCAGAAACAACAUUUCAGUAAAUGUUCUGGCUCUUUUUUGCUAAUAGGCAUUUUUCAAAAAGAAGCAUUAAAAUUAUGUUUUUUUCUGAGAGUUUUCUCAAGGACUUGUUAGAUUUGCAAUUUUAAUACUACUUGCCCUAGGUCUUUCUUUCCUCAAAUUUUACCACUGUGUAUUGCUAUGAGGCUAUAAGACGAUUUUCAGGUCUGAUAACAUUAAUAAUUGGACAACAGUCAACAAUAUGCUAGAUAUCCGUUUAUGAAAUCUGUUGAUUUUCCUGUUAUGAAUUAUAGAUAACAUAACUGUGGAAAGUCUUAAAUUUUCUUGGAAUGAUUAGAUGUUAGUUUAAAUGUGGAUUACACUGGCAAUUAAAAUGAACAUGAAUCUUGA